CGCUACGCUCUUACAAACCUUUAUAAGGCGACACUCACCGUACAACAGCACAAAGACGAAAAGGAUACUGGGAUGAUGAUGCGUGUACUUUGCUUGCUGGCUUUUUUGCCGGCCUUCCUCACAAUGGCGUCUCCACCUACUCAACACUUAAGUAAUCUACACGAGGUGAUGACCAGAGACGAGAAGGUGCAUUACUUCGAGGCCGACUCAUCAAACCAUGUUCCGGAAUAUGACGUCAUAAAACUAGACAACCAACGACUACGUCGCGAUCCACCCCGGAACCUCCUGCGGCUGCCCAUAUUUGGUAAAGACAUGGAGUUACAGCUGGAGCCAUCGGAUGGCAUUCACCGUGAGCUCAUGGUAGAGCGACUCAGAAAAGACGGCAUGACAGAAAAGCUGCUACACAAACCCGAGGCUGACUUUUAUCAUGGUCACGUGGUAUCGGAACCAGGCUCCUUGGUGGCGCUACGCCGAGAUAUCAAGACCGGGGAGCUGAGCGGAUCCAUAGUAGUCCAACAGCACUUACACAAGCUGGAACCAGUAACCGCUGACCUGAAAAAACGCGCAGCACUUCAUGGUGACGGACACCACGUGAUAUCACGGCGUAGCCUGCGGCCCUCCUUAAAGCAGAGUCCGGUGCGAGCCCCGCAGACAAUAAAACGAUCGUUACCCACAAAGCCUUUAGGAAGAAAGGUGAUUGAAUACAUGAUAACAAUGGAUCACGUGACGUCAGAGUUCUACAAAGACCGCGCCGUGGACUAUAUCGCUAACCUGGCCAAUAUGGUGAACAGGCUGUACGCCGAUCCGUCGACAGGAAUGAAUCUCACAGCUGUACUGGUCAAAGUGAUCAUCAUACAACGAGAAGAGCCAUUCCUGAACUUCACCAAACAUAACAUCCGUUCUGGUGGCAGCUACUUGAACCGCUUCUCCCUAUGGGCCGAGCAACACAACAGUCCACCCGCGGCACCUGAACACUUUGACAACGCCGUGCUUAUAACCAAGCGCAUAUGCGGUCUCGCCGAUUGCAGUCUUAAUGGUCUGGCGUUCUGUGGCUACUCGUGCGAAAGUCGGUAUUCAGCCAGCGUGAACGACGAUCAAGGACUCCAGACUGCUUUCUCAAUCGCUCACGAGAUGGCCCACAAUUUGGGCGUAGACCAUGAUACGGGUGAUUGUUCUGGGCAUAUUAUGACGUCCGGACAACCAAGUGGCCCGGACGCCUUUACUUGGUCCAAAUGCAGCAGAAAAGAGCUUAAACAGAGUUUUGCUGGGCAUGAAUGCUACGACAACCUGCCGCCUAAGCUAAUUAAAAUCCCGUCACGCCCUCCCGGCUUCAAUAUCGACGCAGAUGAGCAGUGCACCAUGAUGUACGGUAGAGGGUACAAACGGUGCCCCAUCACCCAGCACCAGUGUGACCAGAUGUUUUGUUACCGUGGGAACUCUUGCGUGGCCCGGGGCAGCCCGCCUGUCGAUGGCACCGCGUGCGGCUGGAGAAAGUGGUGCAUGAAAGGCCGAUGUGUAGAGGUCGGUGCCAGUCUUCCACCGCCAGUGGACGGACAGUGGAGUGACUGGGGCGAGUACAGUGCGUGUACAGUCACGUGCGGUUUUGGAGUUCAGCAUCGUGUGCGCACGUGCACCAACCCAUCUCCCCAGUUUGGAGGAAAAGAUUGUGUCGGAACUCACAAGGGUGAAUGGAGAAUAUGCAAGAAGCAAACUUGUCCAAACGGGGCGGACUGGCGCAACGAACAGUGCACAACACAGGGUUACCCGUCACAAUACUACAUGAGUCACGCGCCUUGCACAUUGUACUGCCGGCGAGGGAACGUGGCGGAAAUCCUGGGUCCGGUCGCAGAUGGCACCCCAUGUUAUCGCGCCCCUGAAAGGCGGGAUGUGUGCAUCGAAGGGAAAUGCCGGAUCGUGGGCUGUGACUAUUCGCUUGACUCUGGAAUGGAUGUGGAUCGCUGCGGCAAGUGUGCGGGAGACGGAAGCGAAUGUGUCAAAGUUACCAAAAUGUACACAGACCAGAGCCAUACAAUCAAAGGUAUUGACGCGGCAGUUGUGAUGUUCAAGAUUCCUAUCAACGCUACGAGCAUAACGGUGCAAGAGAUGUCAGCUACAAAUAACUUUAUGACCUUAAAGCUGGAUCCACCCGAGAAGAACAGCCUCUUGAUCCCAGUCCCCAGUUAUAGCCGAACUGUCUACGCGGCCGGCACCUUUAUCAAGUAUGAGUUAGAGUACAAAAAGUGGUGGAUCUCGGCAGAGAAGAUGUUUAUUCAAGGCCCUACUAACGCAGUCCUGGACGUUAUGUAUAUCUUCUUGGGUUUCUACACGAACCCGGGGUUUAAGCUGACUUACCAUCUAACUGGACACGACAGUGACAGGAGAUUUGUUUGGAAAGUCGAGCAAGGGACCGAUUGUACUGAACCUUGCGCUGGAGGCGAAAGGAGGAACCACGUGACGUGUCGACGAGUGCAGGACGGCACUAUCGCUGGACCCCGCUUUUGUGACCAGGCGACCAAGCCUGCGGUCAUGGAACCGUGCAACACCCAGCCAUGUCAGCCUAAAUGGGUCGUCAGUCACUAUAGCGAAUGCUCUAAAAGCUGCGCAGGGGGUGUUCAGACACGUGCCUUAGAAUGCAUGCAAAAAGUCACACAAUCGUCGAAUGAAAGGCUCGAUGACUCCGCCUGCACCAACGCAACCAAACCGGCUGUCAUCCGGGAAUGCAACACCUUCGACUGCCCUCCGGAGUGGGCAACAGGCCUCUGGUCAGAGUGCACUAAGAAGUGUGGCGGUGGGAGCCAAGUACGCGUGACGUCAUGUCGAAGAACCCUUGUGAAUGGUAGCGUAGUUGAGGUGCCGACCGAGCUGUGUGUCCAGGAGACUGGCACGACUCCUAGCCUCACGCAGACGUGCAACAACUUUGCGUGCUUUCAGUGGAAAACCGAGUACUCCUGUGCAAACUGCUCAGAUUACUACCACAAAGGUUGCUAUGAAGACAAAUUUAGCCGAGCGCUGCCGAAGCUUCUGAGCUCCUCAUUGCCUGCGAGGGCUGUGGAAGCGUGCUACCAGCUUGCCAAAGCACAGGGAUACAGAGUCUUUGGCGUACAGUACGGCAAGGAAUGCUGGGCCGCUGUAGCUAUGGAAACAUACGACAGUUACGGCAAGAGUGACAGGUGUCAGCAUGGUGUCGGGGGAAAUUGGGCCAAUGAUGUCUAUUUUAUAGUUCUAAAGAAAGCCUACCGUCCCAUUGGAUGCUUCAGUGACAGACACGACCCGUCUGAUGAACGAUCGCUGCCCAAGCUGAUUGGCAACCAUCGGAAUAACAUCGAUUGGAAGAACAUGCGUAAAACAGUACAGCAAUGUUCUGAGGAUGCUUGGGUUGACGGGAUGCCUCUGUUUGGCAUUCAGUACUAUGGCGAGUGCUGGUCUGGAAAACUGGGGCACAAGAAAUACAACAUAUACGGACCCAGUCUCCACGGCUGCUGGAGUGGAGUGGGCGGGAGCAAUGCCAACUUUGUUUACGUUUUUACUAGUAAGGUAUCUGAGCCAACCGUAAGAUGCAUCUCCAUGGAAACCAACACAGCAGUAGAUGACGAAAAAUGCGACAAGUCCAAGAAGCCACCUUGCGACCUGAGACUUUGCCAAGACGUGUGUAACCUGUAGCAACGCUAUGACGCAUGUCAGCUUCAGGGACAUCACGUGAUAGAUAAUGGGCACCAGGAAAAGAAACUAUUUUGGCCUUAGUGUAAUAGAUAUAAUUGUAAAAAGUGAAAGUGAUCAAAACAAUAAAGAAAAUAUUGUGUAUCAUA